AUGGCUUCCCUAGAGGAAACAGCGAAGAUGUUUCAGAAUAAAUUCGAGAAUAUGAUAAAGGAAAUUACUAUACUCUCCUUGCCUAUGCAGAAGAAGUCGUUCCAAUGCUGCGUUUCGUGCUUCGAUUCGCACAAGCAAGAUCCUGAGAAGAUAGCUGAAUGCAUCAACCAGUGCCACGAGCCCAGCCAGUCCUUUAACAGAGUCCUACAGCGAGAAGUCGAAGGCCUCCAAACCAACAUAGAAAGCUGCCAGAAAAUUUGCUUCAACCGCCUGGCCCCGAAGCUUGAGGGAGCUUCGUCUCAAACGGAAAAGACAGCCAUCGAACGGGAGAAAGAUGAGUGCUUUGUGCAGUGCUUUACAAGCAACAUCCCUAUCAUUGCGGAGAUCAGAGACCGCCUGAAACGGCGAAUCUAG